GGAAGCCCAGGGGCCCACACAGGAAGGAGCCGACUGGGACUUUCCUCCGGCUGCCGCCCGGCUCUGCCCUCCUGUCCUUAACCCAGGCUUCCCAGCUGCCAGACAGGCUAUACCUAUGGCACCUCCAAGCGAGGAGACACCCCUGAUUCCUCAGCGUUCCUGCAGCCUCUCGUCUUCAGAAGCUGGUGCCCUGCACGUGCUGCUGCCCCCUCGGGGCCCUGGACCCCCACAGCGCCUAUCUUUCUCCUUUGGGGAUCAUUCAGCUGAAGAGCUGUGUGUUUGGGCUGCUAAGGCCAGUGGCAUCCUGCCUGUGUACCACUCCCUCUUUGCUCUGGCCACGGAGGAUCUGUCCUGCUGGUUCCCCCCAAGCCACGUCUUCUCCGUGGAGGACUCGGGCACCCAAGUCCUGGUCUACAGGCUCCGGCUUCUCCCCUUCCCCAACAGCUUUUACUUCCCCAACUGGUUUGGGCUAGAGAAGUGCCACCGCUUUGGGCUACGAAAGGACUUGGCCAGCGCCAUCCUUGACCUACCAGUCCUGGAGCACCUCUUCGCCCAGCACCGGAAUGACCUGGUGAGUGGCCACCUCCCCGUGGGCCUCAGUCUCAAGGAGCAGGGUGAAUGUCUCAGCCUGGCGGUGCUGGACCUGGCCCGGAUGGCCCACGAGCAGGCUCAGCAGCCUGAGGAACUGCUGAAAACUGUCAGCUACAAGUUUUGCCUGCCCCCCGACCUGCGCGACCUGAUCCAGGGCCUGAGCUUCGUGACGCGGAAGCGCAUCCGCAGGACUGUGCGCAGGGCCCUGCGCCGCGUGACCGCCUGCCAGGCUGACAGGCACUCGCUCAUGGCCAAGUACAUCAUGGACCUGGAGAGGCUCGACCCGGCCAGGGCGGUCGAGACCUUCCUCGUGAGCCUCCCCGGGGCUGCUGGUGGUCUGGAUGCGCAGGGGCUGCUCCGAGUGGCUGGUGACACCGGCAUUGCCUGGAGUCCAGGAGGACAAGAGGCCCUCCAGCCCUUCUGCGACUUUCCAGAAAUUGUGGACAUCAGCAUCAAGCAGGCUCCGCGUGUUGGCCCGGCCGGGGAGCACCGCCUGGUCACCGUCACGAGGACAGACAACCAGAUCCUGGAGGCCGAGUUCCCGGGGCUGCCCGCCGCGUUGUCCUUCGUGGCGCUCGUCGACGGCUACUUCAGGCUGACCUCCGACUCCAGGCACUUCUUUUGCAAGGAGGUUGCGCCGCCGCGGCUGCUGGAGGAGGUGGCCGAGCAGUGCCACGGCCCCAUCACCCUGGAUUUUGCCAUCAACAAGCUCAAGACUGGGGGCUCACUUCCUGGCUCCUACGUUCUCCGCCGCAGUCCCCAGGAUUUUGAUUGCUUCCUCCUCACUGUCUGUGUCCAGACCCCCCUGGGUCCUGAUUAUAAGGGCUGCCUCAUCCGGUGUGACCCCACGGGAACCUUCUCCCUGGCUGGCCUUGGCCGUCCCCAUAGCAGUCUCCGAGAGCUCUUGGCAGCCUGCUGGGAUGGCGGGCUGCACGUGGACGGGGUUGCGCUGAACCUCACCUUCUGCUGCACCCCCAAACCCAAAGAAAAGUCCAACCUGAUUGUGGUGCGGAGGGGUUGCAGCACACCCACUUCAUCCCCUGUUCAGCCCCAAUCCCAAUGCCAGCUGAAUCAGAUGACGUUUCACAAGAUCCCUGCUGACAGCCUGGAGUGGCAUGAGAACCUGGGUCACGGGUCCUUCACCAAGAUAUACCGAGGUUGUCGCCACGAGGUCGUGGAGGGGGAGGCCCGGGAGACGGAGGUGCUGCUCAAAGUGAUGGAUGCCAAACAUAAAAACUGCAUGGAGUCAUUUCUGGAAGCAGCGAGUUUGAUGAGCCAAGUGUCAUACCAGCAUCUCGUGUUGCUCCAUGGCGUGUGCAUGGCCGGAGACAGUAUCAUGGUACAGGAAUUUGUACACCUGGGAGCGCUGGACACCUACCUGCGCAAGUCUGGCCACCUGGUGCCAGCCAGCUGGAAGCUGCAGGUGAUCAAACAGCUGGCCUAUGCCCUCAACUAUCUGGAAGACAAAGGCCUCCCCCAUGGCAAUGUCUCAGCCCGGAAGGUGCUCCUGGCUCGCGAAGGGGCUGAUGGGAACCUGCCCUUCAUCAAGCUGAGUGAUCCUGGUGUCAGCCCCUCUGUGCUAAGCCGGGAGAUGCUCACUGACAGGAUCCCCUGGGUGGCCCCCGAGUGUCUCCAGGAGGCCCGGACACUCGGCUUGGAAGCUGACAAGUGGGGUUUUGGUGCCACAGUCUGGGAGGUGUUCAGUGGGAUCCCGAUGCCCAUCAGCACCCUGGAUCCCGCCAAGAAGCUCCAGUUUUACGAGGAGCGGCAGCAGCUGCCUGCCCCCAAGUGGAUGGAGCUGGCCAUACUGAUCCAGCAGUGCAUGGCCUAUGAGCCAGGCCAGAGACCCUCCUUCCGUGCCAUCAUCCGUGACCUGAACAGCCUCAUCACUUCAGAUUAUGAGCUCCUCUCAGACCCCACGCCCGGUGCCUUGGCGCCCCGUGAUGGGCUGUGGAAUGGCGCCCAGCUCUACGCCUACCAGGACCCUACCAUUUUUGAGGAGAGACACCUCAAGUACAUCUCACAGCUGGGCAAGGGCAACUUCGGCAGCGUGGAACUGUGCCGUUAUGACCCUCUGGGUGACAACACGGGCGCCCUAGUGGCAGUGAAGCAGCUGCAGCACAGCGGGCCAGACCAGCAGAGGGACUUCCGGAGGGAGAUCCAGAUCCUCAAAGCCCUCCACAGUGACUUCAUUGUCAAGUACCGUGGUGUCAGCUAUGGCCCAGGCCGCCAGAGCCUGCGGCUGGUGAUGGAGUACCUGCCCAGCGGCUGCCUGCGCGACUUCCUACAGCGGCACCGCGCGCGCCUCGACGCCAGCCGCCUGCUCCUCUACGCCUCGCAGAUCUGCAAGGGCAUGGAGUACCUGGGCUCCCGCCGCUGCGUGCACCGCGACCUGGCUGCGCGUAACAUCCUGGUGGAGAGCGAGACGCACGUCAAGAUCGCCGACUUUGGCCUCGCCAAGCUGCUGCCGCUCGACAAAGACUACUACGUGGUCCGCGAGCCCGGCCAGAGCCCCAUCUUCUGGUGGGGACCCCGCCCUGGCCCACCUCUCCUCCCCACUACUCUGGACCCUACCUCGCUCUCACUUCCGUACGCCCCGGAGUCCCUCUCUGACAACAUCUUCUCGCGCCAGUCCGACGUCUGGAGCUUCGGGGUCGUCCUGUACGAGCUUUUCACCUACGGCAACAAGAGUUGCAGCCCCUCAGCCGAGUUCCUGCGGAUGAUGGCAUGUGAUGGAGAUGUCCCGGCCCUCUGCUGCCUCCUGGAGCUGCUGGCUGAGGGCCAGAGGCUGCCGGCGCCUCCUGCCUGCCCUGGUGAGGUUCAUGAGCUCAUGAAGCUGUGCUGGGCCCCUAGCCCGCAAGACCGGCCAACAUUCAGUGCCCUGGGCCCCCAGCUGGAUGCACUAUGGAGUGCAAGCCAGGGCUAGCAGAGAGUGUGAAACUCACGCCUUCCCUGCUUGUCUGGAGGGAGAAGCCCAUUCACUUCAUUUUUAUAUCUCCUGCACACCUACCUCUGGGUUCUGGUCUUUGUGAACUGGCUGUGUGAGCUUGGGCAGGAGGUUGCCCCUCUCUGGGCUUCCUGCUUCACAGAGACCCCCCAGAGGGCAAAUGACAUUGCAUUUGGGGGGCAUCCCUGGCUUGUGGGGCAACAGAAGUUCUGUGGCCUCAGGAACUUGUAAAGAUUCAAGAUGAAUGCCUUGGUGGGGCCUGCUGUGCCUUGACCCCAGAAUCUAGGAGCCAAACUUAAGCCCCUCCCAUCUUCCUGUCCUCUCAGGGUUUGGCCCUGAGCUUCCUGUCUCAGUGAAGACCUUGCAGAUCUUUAAAUACAUGAUCUCAGGCUUCUGUUCCAACAUCCCUCUUUUGCUGGAGGAAGCCACAGACAAAAGCAGCUGCCCUGGUUGGAAAUUCACUUUCUGGGGGGGAGCCUGCGUGACUUUUUGGGCUCAUGGGAGGGGCCAGGAGAGGCUGGGGUCCCAGUCCACCCUAAUUGUACCAGAGCAUCCUGGGCCUUCCAUUUGCCAACUUGAAUACUGGGACCCUUUCUAUCCCGACCGGAGGGUCACUCAGUUGAUGACGCUGGAGACUUACAGGAGCUUUUCAGUAGCUGAGGGAAGACAGGCAUUCUUGGCAGAGGGAACAGCACGAUGAGAGUGAAGAGGUUCAGAGUACAGAGGUUAAGAGCCCAGCUGUUGGAGCCUGCGGUUCUGCCACUUAAUUACCGAAUGAUGGUGGGCAACUUGCCUCCCCUACUGGGUCUCAGUUCCAUCCCCUGUACAAUGGACAGAUAAAUGGUGCUGGCUUCCUGCUGUACACAGGCAGCUUCUGGAGGCUUGUGAGAAAGCAUCUGGUGCAGGUUAAGCCAGCCCCUCCCUCCCAACCCCCCCCCCCCGCCCACUCCUCACCUGCCUGCAGUCUUUUCUACCACUUCUGCCCCCUGGAAAACUCUUAUUUAUCUCUCGAAACCCCAGCUGUCACCUCCCUGCGGCCUUCCCUGGCAUGUUCCUGCCACUCCUCACCUGCCAUGUACUUACCUCUGACCCCAGGAGUGGGGUCUCUGUCCAGAUCCCUCUCCUCUGACCUGGAGGCUCCCUGGGGGCUGGGAUGGGUAGGUACAAAGGGGACUUUGGGAGCAUUUGUUUAAUGAAUAAAGUUGGGUGGAAAGAA